CUAGCACUAGCUUGUACCCUUUUUGCAGUCUGUUAGCCACGUAAACACCAUAGAGCAUAGAUGCAGCUACUACUCCUGCGGCCCUGCUCACGGGCAAGCGAGAGCGUCUAUAAAUAAGUCGCCGCGGCAUAAGGCCAUUCAGCUUGCACCACACUGCAGUCACUGCUCCCGUCCUGCAGCCUCCCUCCGCUCCGCUCGCACACCACCGGCAGUUAGCGCGCCCGCGGACCGGACAGGACCGAGCACAUGGCGUCCAACGGGCCGUCGGCGCGCGUCCAUAUCGAGGGCCUGCAGACGGCCGUGCCGACGCGCGUGGUGGGGGCCGGGCGGGCGCGCCCCGUGGCCGUGGCCGCGCCCCCGCUCCCCGCGUCCGCGCUGCAGCGCCGCGCCCGGGUGGUGCUCUACUACCGCGCGGACGGGGCGCCGUGUGGGGAGGAGGCGGUGCUGGUGAAGGAGUCGCUGAGCGAGGCGCUGGCCGACCACCCGGAGAUGGCCGGCCGGCUCCGGCGCCACGCGGACGGGUCCUGGGAGGUGAAGCUGAACGACACCGGCGUCAGGCUCGUGCUGGCAACGGUGGAGGCGAACGUGGAGGACUUCGUCGGGGACAAGGACCGGGCGCGCAGGGAGGCCGCGCUCGCGCCGUGGACCGACGUCAACGCGGAGGAUCCCGACGUGAGCGCCCUCUGCUUCAUGCAGCUGACUCGGUUCCAGGGCGACGGGGGCUACGCCGUCGGCGUGAGCUGCAGCCUGAUGCUGUGCGACCCGCUGUCGCUGGCGAGGUUCCUCCUGUCGUGGGCGCGCACGCACGCGGAGAUGAAGGCCCAGAACAAGGCCGCCACCAGCCCGAUGAUGCAGUACGUGAGCUACUUCCAGCGGGCUGACACCAUGACCAGGCGCAUCAAGUCGAUCCCGCUUGACUCCUUCGCCGCCAACGAUAGCAACGUCGAGACCUUGCUCUUCAGAGCCGCCAACACCAGAGGGGCGCACGACCACCGCGCGCUCGCCAGGGCCUGCGUGGACCAGGCGAGCGAGAGGGUCGGCGCUGGCAAGGUGCCGCUGUUCUCGGUCAUCGUCUUCGCCAGAAAGGGCGAAGGGGACGGGCCGGCAGCGAUGAGCGUCGAGACCUGCCAGGCGGAUGAGCAGCAUGGGUCCGGCGGUGCCGAGCAUAAGCUUGAGGUUGCGCAGUGGCAGGAGCUCGGGCUGGACGAGCUCGUGCUCAGGGAGAGCAAGCCCGUGCACGUAUCUUACAGCAUCGAGACCGGCGGCGAUGAAGGGCUUGCGGUCGUGAUGCCUGAUGGCGCUGGGUUUCUGGUCACGGCGACUGUUCCCAAGUGCACCAAUUAAUCGAUCAAGAUUUUAGCUAGUGUGGGAAACGUUUGACUAUCAGGUGCUGAUCUUCUUCAAAAGUAUACGUAUUUGUGGGCGGAGUGUCAGUAAUACUGUAUUGUUGUACCAGAAAUAAACCAUCAAAAUAUAUGUAUUUCCCUUUUCUCGAAGAAAAAAAAUCUGUAUUUACGUACC